GUUGAAAAAAUUGAAAUCAUUUCGCUCUGCUUUUCCUUCUUCCUUUUUCCUUUUCGGUUUGAUUUCUCUGCAGCAGAUCACCAUUUGCUUCUUCUCUUCGAUUUUCCAGAUUCCUUUCUCUUCAUCUCUGCCAAAAUUCAAAACCAUUCCCGUGCAUUUCUCACUCUUCUUCUUAUUCUUCUUCUUCUUCUUCUUUUUGGUUGUUUCGUUUGCUUCCAUGGAAACAUGUAGCUGUUUCAGCUUUAACUCGCUUUUCUCAUUUUAACAGCUGUGUAAAUGGGCCGGGGGCUUGAAUAGCAAAUAGCAGAAGCACAGAGAUGAAAGGAGAGUCCUCAGGGUUGAUCAUUGGUAUCUCAAUAGGGGUGGUGAUUGGUGUGCUUUUGGCUAUUUCGGCUUUGUUCUGUAUCAGAUACCACAGAAAGAGAUCACAGAUCGGGAAUAGCAGUUCUAGGCGGGCUGUUACUAUCCCCAUCCGUACAAAUGGUGCUGAUUCUUGUACUAUAUUAUCAGACUCGACAAUAGGACCAGAGUCACCUGUGAAAUCUGGACGAAGUGGCAUGUCUCUGUGGCUUGAAGGAUUUAAGAGGAAUAAUGUGGUCUCAGCCUCUGGCAUACCGGAAUAUUCUUACAAGGAUUUGCAAAAAGCAACCUGUAAUUUUACUACAUUAAUAGGAUCAGGAGCAUUUGGUCCCGUUUACAAAGCUCAGAUGUCAACCGGUGAGACUGUUGCAGUCAAAGUUCUCGCUACUGAUUCCAAGCAAGGGGAGAGAGAGUUCCAGACUGAGGUGAUGUUAUUGGGAAGGCUGCAUCACAGAAACCUUGUGAAUUUGAUUGGAUAUUGUGCAGAAAAGGGCCAGCAUAUGCUUGUGUAUGUCUAUAUGAGUAAAGGCAGCUUGGCUUCCCAUUUGUACAGUGAGAAGCAUGAACCAUUGAUCUGGGAGUUGAGGGUUUAUAUUGCUUUGGAUGUGGCAAGGGGCUUGGAGUAUCUCCAUGAUGGGGCAGUUCCACCUGUAAUACACCGCGAUAUUAAAUCUUCCAACAUUCUGUUGGACCAAUCCAUGAGGGCCAGGGUAGCGGAUUUUGGCCUUUCAAGAGAAGAAAUGGUCGAUAGUCAUGCAGCUAAUAUCCGGGGAACUUUCGGAUAUCUUGAUCCUGAGUAUAUAUCAACAAGGACCUUCACUAAAAAAAGUGAUGUUUAUAGCUUCGGAGUGUUGCUCUUUGAACUUAUAGCAGGCAGAAAUCCUCAACAGGGUCUUAUGGAAUACGUAGAACUAGCAGCAAUGAACACGGAAGGAAAAGUUGGAUGGGAGGAAAUUGUUGAUUCCCGUUUGGAUGGGAAGUUUGACAUGGAAGAUCUAAACGAAGUGGCGGCUCUUGCAUACAAAUGUGUGAACCGUGUCUCAAGAAAACGACCUGCCAUGAGAGAUAUUGUGCAAGUGCUGUCAAGAAUCAUUAAAUUAAGACACAGUAGGAAACAUCACAAGAAGUCCCCUUCUGCGACAGAUGAGGUUUCAAUUGAUCUUGAACAACCAGAAACAAAGAUCCAAAUCAGUCAACACCGAAGAGAUGAAUCCAUUGACAGCAGCAUGACUGACGCCUGUGAAGUUUAGAGGAUGGAUUCUAGACAUGUGAAGCUAUUUUUGUCUGGUUCCUUGGUUUUGAUUUUUUGUGUUUGUGAACUAUAUAGGCCUCUUCAAGAAACUAACAGAGCUCUAUAGUUCAUCAGCAAUUUCUGAUUGUUCAAGUGAGUUAGGCUUAAGAGGGGUGUUUUCCAUAAUGUAACAUACAUAGGUCACUUCCAAUUUUGCUUCUUUUUAUUUCUGGCCCUUACAUCUGUUUGGUUGAAAUGGCAGAACCCCGAUUUGUAUAUUAAUACUCUAGAAAUGGAAACGAAAGAAAUUUAUUCUCUGUAAAUUGCAUACUCUAUCUUUUACUACUUU